GCGGGCGCACAGGCCUUCUGGCUUUGCGGGUGGGCCGGUACGGGCAAGUCUACCAUCGCGCAGAGUGUGGCCGAGUGGUGCUGGAAGCGUAACUACCUUGGUGCAAGCUUCUUCUGUUCCAGGGACAGCCGAGAAUGUAGCGACAUCCAAAUGAUAUUCCCUACUAUUGCCUAUCAGCUUGGUCAGUUUUUCCCCGAGUUCAGGAAGAAGACUGCAGAGGUCUUGAAGCAGGAUCCCGACAUCCAGACGUCUCUCGUGUCCCAUCAGCUCAAGAAGCUUAUUGUCGAUCCCCUGCAGGCGCUGCUGCCCGACUUUCCGCCCUGUGCUGUUGUCAUCGACGCGUUAGACGAAUGCAAGGAUGACGAAACGACAUCUCUCAUUAUCCGUGCGCUCUCGCAACAUCUCCCCGAGCUAGCCCCUCUAAAGAUUUUCCUGACGAGCCGCCCCAUCCCGAGCAUCACCCAUGGCUUCCAUUCGACUGGCCUACUCGACGUGACGCAGCGCAUCAUUCUUCAUGAGGUGCCGUCGAACAUCACCGACCGCGACAUUGAAAUUUUCUUGCAGGAGAGACUGGCAGCUAUCCGAGAGACCUACAAGUUGGACAGGUCGUGGCCUUCGGCAGAACAGGUAUCAAAGCUGACCAAGCUCUCGAGCGGGCUGUUCAUAUAUGCCGCUACGGCGGUGCGCUUUAUCGGCGAUUCCAGCGUCGGUGACCCACAGGAGCGCCUCCAGUUACUUUUGAAUAGCCAAGGGGCGCCAUUGGGCGAAGCGACGCCUUUCAAUCAACUGGAUGAGCUGUAUCUCCAGGUUCUGAGGAGCGCGUAUCCCAAGAUGACUCGAGAGCUGAAAGCGAGGUUGAAGAUUGUGCUGGGCACCCUCGUACUUAUUCGCGAUCGUCUAUCUCCGAGCGCCAUCGACAGGCUCAUGGACCUCAAGUCCGGGUCUGUUCGUACUACGCUGGCACGCCUCCACUCCGUUAUCACAGUUCCCGAGCAGGACGACGGUGUCAUCAACAUCAUCCACAAAUCGUUCAAAGACUUCCUCAUUGACGAAAAACAAUGCCGUGACCGUGAUUUAUUAGUCAGUCCGGCUAUCCAGCACCGACUCAUCGCACAGCGGUGCCUCGAGACCAUGAUUGGCGGUCUGCGCAUGGACAUCUGCAACAUCGGACAGAGUGUACCAAACUCCGAAGUGGCCGGGCUUCCGGACCUCAUCGCUCAGCACAUUGCUCCGUCCUUGCAGUAUGCAAGUCUCCACUGGGCGCAGCAUGUCUGUAGCGGCGAGGUCGACGAUGAACUCUAUGGCUUGCUCAUCAAGUUCAGCGAGAGCUACCUCAUGAAUUGGCUAGAGGUUCUGAGCCUACUUGGAGAGCUGGGCAGCGCGGUCUCUGUAUUGCAGAGCCUCCGCAAGAGAUUGCUGCUGCCCCUUCCGCACUCCAAUGUCAUCACAUUAUUAUACGAUUGCCAACGGGCUGUACAACAGUCAUUCCCCGGCCUCAGCAUCUCCUGCCUCCAAGCGCAUUCUGGGCUCAUCCCCUUCUGUCCUACAUCCAGCAAACUCAGAGAGUAUUACAUUGGGCGAAUAAGCGGAGUGCCGAGGGUACUCAGGGGGCUCCAGCAGGAUUGGGACACAUGUAUGCUCACUAUCGAGGGCCAUACGAACACAGUGAUGGCUGUGUGCUUCUCACCUGACGGCCGACGCAUCGUCUCUGCGGGCGCGGACAAUACAGUCAGACUGCAGGAUGCUAUCACAGGCUCUCACCUGCACACACUCGAAGGACACGAGGAUAUAGUCCGAUGUGUGGCUGUCUCGCCGAAUGGCAAGUACGUCGCUUCAGGAUCCUUGGAUCGGACCAUCAUCAUUUGGGACGCCGUCGCCGGCGGACACCUCCACGUGCUGAACAGUCACACCGACACGGUCAACACCGUGGCCUUCUCCCCGGAUGGCCAACUUCUUGCCUCCGGCUCCGAUGACCACUCGAUACGACUCUGGGACAUCGGCGACGAGAUUGGCUCGUCCAGAAUCCUAUCUCCCGCACACGACUCUGUUGUCUGGCGCGUCAGAUUUUCUCAAUCUGGAAAACUGCUAGUCUCUGCUUCAUGGGACGGCGCAUGCAAGGUCUGGAAUUCAGGCGCCUGGACAUGCGGCGUACAAUCCAAUAGUCACCCUGAACACGCUGGCAGGACAUACUCCGUCGCUAUCUCACCUGAUGAAACCAUUUUCGCUUCGGGACUCGGAAAGGGGGGUAACACCAUUUCUCUGUAUUCUACCGUCGACGGCCACUGUUUGCGCACACUGCAAGGCCAUACAGACAACGUGGUGUCUCUCGAUUUCUCCCCAGACGGCACCACACUGGCCUCCGGCUCGUCAGACCGUAGCAUCGUCCUGUGGGAUGUCGCAUCUGGCUCAACCCUCUACGCAUUGAGAGGGUAUUCUGAUGAGGUGUACGAUGUCAGGUACUCCCCCGAUGGCCGGUGGAUAGCUAGCUGCGGCCGUGACCAAAGAGUCCGCAGCUUGACCUGGCGUCGUGGGUCAGGCACGCACAGAAGCGCCGCCACCGCGCCCCAGCGCUCCUCGGUUGUACGCUCAGUGAUCUUUUCGCCCGACGGUCGCAUUCUUGCUAGCGGCUCCCGAGAUACCACGAUCCGUCUAUGGGAUACUGUCAGCGGCGUUCAGCUGCGAGUGUUCGAAGGUCAUCAAGGUGCUGUCUCAUAUCUGUCGUUCUCUCCUGACGGAAAGAGGCUGCUCUCUUCUGAGUGCAUGCUCGAGAGUGACAAGGCCUCCGCAAUUCUUCGUUUGUGGGACGUGAAGACGGGUCGUUGCGAACAGACGUUCACCGGGCAUGAAGGCGGCGUAUGGAUGGCGAAAUUCUUUCCGGACGGGGAACAAGUAAUCUCGUGUUCAUUGGACAACACCGUCCGUGUUUGGGAAAUCAGCCGGUCGAGGACGCGCAGU